AUUUCACAUCAUUCAGUGGUUGUGUCUAGGAAUGGUAGUGUUAGAGAAAUGAUUUAUUUCGAAAUAACUCUCAUUUUAUGCUGGUUACUCUUCAGUACUUUAGACCUAACCAGUAGCCUCAACGAUGACACAAGACAGUACAUGCAUUACCCCAACCAAUGGAAUAUCCAAGAUGGGCAUUCUCAACAUCUGCACCCACAUUUGCCGUCUGUUCCGCCACACCUGAAACCGCUUGGCCUACCCCCGAACGCUCUCUACGCCUUCAGAAUCAACACGAGAGAUUUCCACAGAGAAGAAGUAGCUGACGAUAGAGGGAACGUAAGAGGAAGAUAUACAUACACUAACAGAGAUGGUAUGCACGAUUUAGCAUUCCAAGCUGGUGAAAGAAACAGUUAUUUGGCUAAUUCUAUGACAAUGCCGAAGGAUCUUCAUGGUCAGCGUAGCUUGUUGAUUCCUUCUAGGUUGUACUCUUCUUUGGAUGAUUUGCAGCAGAGGCACAAAGAUUCUGUGGAACCAGAAAUUUGGAGUACUACUGAUAUUUCAGUGGAUGGUUUGUCGACUACUGAAGCUGAUACUAGCACAGUUACUGAGGUUUCUGUUGUUUCACCAACUGUUUCAUAUAGUCGCAAUGAAGAUAUCGCUUAGCUAUAGUUAGAUAAGUUGAUAGAGGAAUAGGCAAGUGGAAAAUCAUGUUGUUUACUCCAGAUUCAUUCAGUUUCAAAAGUGAGUAGAGUACUUCAAUGAAUACUUAUCACUUAUAGUUAUGAGGCCUUAAUUCUAGCUAUAUAAGCAUCAAGUAUAACCAACAAAUACUUUAUGGACUUGCAAUUAUUUCAUAUUAGGAAUACCUACAAAAAAUUUUUAUUGACUUUCUUCAGUAGGUAUGUGAAGUAAAUGCUCAAGGGCUCUGGAAGUUUUGAGGAUUCAGUAAUAGUUGAAUACUAGCCUCUCGUGAAAGUUAUUGAAGCGAGUUCUUGUACCUAGUUUAUAGAUUAAGUAGGGAGGACGUCGAAAUGGUGGCUUCCUAUAUACGCAUUUUUUUCUAUAAGUAGAUUAUUUUAUGACGAUUGAUAACAAAAACGAGGGAACACAAAUACAUGAUAUUCCUGUUGAUGAAAAUGUGUUGAAUAUUUGAAGAAUAACAAAAACAUAGAUAUCAUUACCCCAGAUAUUUGGGGCAAUAGUGGCAGAUGAUCACAAUGGCCCCAAAAAUUUAAAUAAGUAAUUCAAAGGCAAUAAUCACGAGUAAAAAUUUUCUUUUCAGUAUUAGCACACGAUUUAUGUGCCCAAUCGCGACAGAGACUGCAUUUCAACCAAAUAUCUGCAUUUUUACAGUAUUCGCCACACACUAAACAUAUAGGUAUAUUCUGAGCAUGCCAUCUUUGCUAUUAUGUUAUCAGUCCAAGAUGCUUUUUCUGUCAGCCUACGAUAAAUUCUUGGCAUCUGGAAAAUUUUCUAUUGCUCAACAUAAUGUUUCAUUCAGCAAUGGGCUACUGCCAUUUCCUCGACAGGAGCGGUCUACAUAACCCCAAUAAACAUUUUCUCCAAUCGACUUUCAUAAAGAAACUUAUUGUUACCAGAGCUACUUAUUGUUUAUAGAGGUGCAGUAUAAGGUAUAUAACAGAGAUUUUUUAGUCUGUUUCCCAAAAUGUUCGUCUUCAUCAACAAUAUCUCACGCGUUAGGUAUAUAUAAACAUUUGUUACAAUCAACGACUGUGAAGCUAAUGAAAUGAAUUAUUGAAAACAGUUUUACUUAAAGUCAAUUCAUUUCUUCUCAACUAGUUGGAAUAUUCAUUAGUAGAUGCAAAAACCAAUACUUUCGGCUCAACUAACAAAGAGAGCUAGAACUAUAUUGAGUAGCUGCUAUUACCCCAGUGGCUACCAUACCCUCGACUCCCCUAGUUAGAAAUUAAUCUUCUUCAGUUGAUAAUGUAAUUUUUGUGUACUGUAUUGUAUAUUAAUAAUAAAACUCCGAAUACAUU